AUGGGCAUCCAUGCUGUUAGCGUCAUGCUAGAGGCUCUCAAUAGAGAUGCCCAACAUGCUACUAUCGCCAAGUUCAUUCAAAAUGAACUUGACGCAGAACGCGAGAAAGUAGCCUUGCUUCACCAACAAGGUUCUCAACAAGCAGAGUUGUUGAGAGAACAAGGUGCUCAACAGUUUGAACUGUUGAGACAGCAGCAAGCUGCUGCUGGCGGGUCGAUGCACUCGCGUCGACCCGAGACUUUGAAGAUUGACAUCUCAAAGUAUAGAGGGGUCGAAGAAGACUCCCUCUUGAGAUGGUUCGUCGAAUUGGAUGACGCCAUAAGGGCGCGUCGCAUCGACGACGGGGAUAUGCAAGUUGCAUUUGCCCAGUCAAAUCUGGCAGGACGUGCCAAGACUUGGGCACUGGGGCUCAAGCUGCACGACCCAUAUGCGUUUGGGUCGUUGGAAGUCUUCAAGUCGCGGCUCAGACAAACGUUUGAACCGCCUAGAGCUGAGUUCAGAGCUCGAACCGAACUCUUGAAGCUCAAGCAGGGUAAGCGUGAUGUGCACGCUUACGCUCAACAUAUACGACAUCUCACGAGUUGUAUAAGUUCCAAUCCGGUGGAUGAACACACGUUGGUUUCGGUGUUCAUGCAGGGUCUUGCGGAUGGUCCCGUCAAGACUCACCUGUUCCGGCUUGAACUAGAUUCACUAGAACAAGCCAUUUCCAUUGCGGAGCAGGAAGACUUCAGUCUGAGACAGGCUCGCGCCAGCUCGACAUCAUAUCGUCAACCGAGACGAUAUGACAACGGAGGUCCAGAGCCGAUGGAACUCUGUUAUGUAGAGAGCGAGAAGGCUCGCUCUACAGGCUACAAGAAGUUGCAGAGAUGCAACAGAUGUCAAAAGACAGGACACUACGCUUACGAGUGUAGUGCCCCUCGUCCAGUGUCUCGCGACACUGGGCGUAGUGACCGUCCACCCAUGAGAAAGGGGCAGGGACGAGGGUCCGCAGUUGGUGCAAAGACGCAACAACGGGAUGGACCGUCAAAAAAACGGACAGGAUCAGUAGGUGCGGAGCACCCUACUGAUCCAGCAACGUCAAGAGAAUUUGUAGGCCUCUUGAUGAAGGUUGCUCCCAACACACAGACAUUGUGCGUUGCUGCUCUAGGUAAUGAGAUCUCACUCAUUACCUUGAAACUCGAAGUGACGAAUAAGUUGUCCCUUCGAGCUCUAGUCGAUUGUGGGGCGUCCAACAAUUUUGUGCGACGCCAAUCGCUAGAAGAUGGUCACUUUAAAUUCAGUGAAUGUGACACACCUCCUACGAGGAUGACGGUACGUCUUGCGACAGGCGCAUCCGUAACCGUCAUGAAGCGUAUAGUGAAGAUUCACUAUACGCUAGAAGAUACCCAAUAUGACGAUGACUUUGUCGUAUUGCAUUUGGAUGACAAAUUUGAUGUCAUCCUUGGAAUACCGUGGCUCAGAAGUACGACUGCACAAAACCUUAGUGUACCAAACGGUUACACUUCGGAGCCAAGUUCCGGCGGCUGUGAGGAAACACAGGCUGCGCCGAAGGUCCACCACUCGAAUAAGUCGGGUGGACUGGGACAAAGAUGUAUCCCUAGAGGGGAACAUCUAGAAGAGAAACAAUCGAUCGCUCAGGUUAAGCGAAACGAUAAUCCUAGAUCGACUGGAGAGUCUUUCGUAGAGGAUCUCGCUGUGGUUGCGCAACCCCAGCUAGAGGAAGUAAAGGGAAUAAGUCCCAAGAUUACAAAUACGGCGGAAAUAAGUUCCCCGAAACCCGCGGGAAUAAGUCCCCGGGAAGACGAAGGAAUAAGUCCUUCGAAGCCUGAGGGAAUAAGUCCCCAGGAAAUGACAGAGACAUUGAAUGUCAUAGUCAAUAACGGAUCAUGUGUAGGCGCUUAUACACUUGAUCUGAUUGCGCCUCCGAAGUUAACUUCGGAGAUCACUCAGUUGCCAACGCUCGAACAUAAAAGGUUCUUGCGUGAUCUGCGUAGUGGCAAAGUCAAGCAGAUCUGCAUACUCGUCGCUGACGACGAGUAUGUAACCGACAUAAGGUCAGCAACAGUGUUUACUGAGAACGAGAGAGUUCUCAGUAGUUCAUCUAUGGACGAGAGUGUCCUAGAUGAAAAGACACGAAUUGAGCGAUAUGAGUCCCAAUCAUGGGAAUCGCUCAAGGAAAACCCUCUCUAUGAGGAUUUGGUUGAAUUCAAGGAUGUAUUCCCUGAAACUGUUCCGUGCGAAUUACCGAAGGAUAAAGGUAUUCGACACGAAGUCGAGCUUAAACCAGGCUCGAAGUACUGUGUCAUGAAGCAGUGGCCACUGCCUCGUGAACAAGUACUUGCGAUCGACAAGUUCUUUGCCGAUCGUUUAGCAGCCAGGCCAUGUGAGGGAAUCAACUUCCCCACAUAG